CUCAGGACGCACGCGGUUUCGUAGCUUCUCUCUCUCUCCUUAAAGAGGGACAAACAAAGUCCGCGAGAAUCAGAUAAUUGGAUCGGCUUCAAUGGAUGCAAAGAUCAGUCAAUUCUUCGAUUCCGUCGGCUCCUUCUUCAGCGGUGGUGACAAGAUCCCCUGGUGUGAACGCGAUGUCAUCGCUGGAUGUGAAAGAGAGGUUCAAGAGGCCACGGAUGGUGGCAAUGAAGAACUUAAGAAAGAAACCAUAAUGCGAUUAUCGUGGGCGCUUGUUCAUUCCAGACAAGCGGAAGACGUGCAACGUGGAAUAGCCAUGCUUGAAGCAUCUCUGGCAAACAGUAGCCCUCCUUUGCAAGACAGAGAGAAGCUCUAUCUUCUUGCUGUUGGAUACUAUCGAACUGGUGACUAUUCAAGGAGCCGUCAGCUUGCGGAGCGCUGUCUCGAGAUUCAACCCGAUUGGAGGCAAGCUCUGGUCCUGAAGAAGACCGUCGAAGACAAAAUUGCAAAGGAUGGUGUGAUCGGGAUAGGGAUCACGGCUACAGCCGUAGGCCUCAUAGCCGGCGGAAUUGCUGCCGCUUUGGCUCGCAAGAAAUGACGACCACCCAAAGGACCCCAAUGUUCAUAUGAAUAAUGUGGAUCUGUUAUUAAAGCUUUUCUUCCAUUUGGGAGAGAGUGUUUUUUGGUCUACCUGAAUGAUAUUUUGAGUUGCAAUAUGAGAUCUUUGUCAAGGAGAUUAACAACAUCGUAUAUAUCGUUUUUCGUCGCUA